ACGAAUGUCACUGAGGCAUAAACCCCCUGUUCCUCUUGUUCCUCCCCUUCGGCCUCCGGCGCAGUUGGUUGCCACGACGAGGGGCGGACCCACCCAUCGGACGAGGUCCGUCGCCGGACAUUCCAGCCGGUGGUGAGCGGAGGGCGGCAAGGCGUGGGAGCUCGCGGCGACGUACAAGGCUGGGUGAGAGUGGCGCUUGAGGCGGACGGCCAACUCCGACAGCGGACCCCUCAGCCGACGACGCCACCGUCUCUGAUCUAUUUCACCAGCAACCGCUGGAGCUGAUAGGAAGUUGGUCAGCAUUAGCUGCUUCAGGCUUCUGGCCGGUGUGAAAAGUUGCUAGGUCACCAUGGAUGUCGAUCGACAAGAAACGAUGGAAGAGACCAUUCUCGUCGGUGAUGAUCUUAUGCGUGGGCCACCUUCCCCUGUCGUACCGAAAGAGAUUGCAUCCCAUGUCCUUGAAGGUGUUGAGCUUUGUGAUGGUAUCCUGAAGAAUCUUUUCCUAUGCUUGCAAAUCAAUGAUAUUGAGCCAUUUUGUCAAGACGAAAUUGUGCUAUACAAACAAUGUGCUGAGAAAAGGGAUAAGGAAAUAAGGGAACGACUUCAGGAUAGUGAAUAUAAAUUAGGUUUCUCGAUGCCCCUCGAAGAUGCAAAGGAAAGAGUCACUCAACUCCAAUCAGAACUCACACUGCUCGAAAGGCGCAUGAUUCUUGCUAGUGGUCUUCCGGGUAUGGAAGGAUUUCGCCAACGAUGGAGCUUGCAUGGACAGCUCGGCGAUACAAGGAAAAGGUUGGAGGCGCUGAACAGUGGGAUGGCAAAAAGAGAGAGCCCAAGUCCUCCAGGCGAAGGCACAACACCUGCAGUUAAGAAGAGGUGGUUCUUUUAGUACGUUAGCGCAUAUUUUUCCGACUUGCAAAACGUUGUAACUAAUGCUGUGUUAGUGGCAAUGUCAUCCACUCUUUCUUGGUUUGGGGUUCUACCUCCAAAGUAACUACUACUGUGUUUGCUAACAGUGGUUUCGCCACAGCUGCACUUUUGAUUAAAAAUAUGGAAAUACUUGGCCUGUAAACCUUGAACAUACCAUUUGAAUUACCCACGAAAAUGGUGAUAUGCAACUCCUCC